UGAGUGGUGCCGCGGUUCCGAGGGAGCUCCAACAAGUCCCGACUCCGGGGGUUGCGAACAUGUCAAUUGACGGCUGACAUAGAGCAUCCGCAGCCAUCCUCUGUUUCUUGGCUGCUCGUGGCGUCGAACCCUUCAAUCGAGGAGCGAGGAUGUUGCGCGAGGCCCGAAAAGUGGCACCAACUUAUAAGACGAUAUGGGGGCGCCUUGCUAGUUUGCGGGGUAUAGGACAUCGUCCGCCUGAGUGGCCGCAGUCCUUUUCCCAUGCUUGUCCUGCACUUGCUGCAUGUGAUUCUCGAGACCGUGCCCCGACAGUCCGUCUCAAUUCUUGUAGGCAAAAUGCAGCGUAUGAAAAGUGUGGAUCUUCUCAUGAUGCCAGCAAUGGACUUGGCGCCCGUGUGUUUCGACCCUGUGGUGAUCGGUUGAAGGAUAUCUAUCCUACCGUGGCCAAGUCUCUCGCUCAAGCGGAUUUAGUUUUAUGCCCCUCAUUGCCCGGAGUAUUUUGCACGGAUGAUGAGAGAACACCUUCUACACGAAUUCAUGGAUGCUCACCUAUGCUUGCUGAGUCAUUUUACGGGAAUAAGUACUUCACCCAAACACGAAAUUAUUCAUCAGUGACUAAUAAGGCCAUUCAGGCGGAUAAGAAGAAGGCUGUAGAUAAGAAGGCAGUCGAUUCGGGCAAUAAAGAUAACAGAAAUGAUAAUCCGAAUGAGAAGAGGACUUGGUUUACAAAAUCCGUGACUCUGCUUUCAGAUCUGGAGCAUGUACCUGUCGCUGCACUCGGUCUUGGUCUUGCUGGUGCUAUCCCCUUUGUGGGUUUAUCACCUGGCAUUGCAUCAAUCCUUCCCCUGCCAGACUGCUUGUAUAACGUGCAUAUGGAAGCGCAAGCAGCAUAUGGUGCAGUUAUUCUGACCUUUUUGGGAGGUCCUCAUUGGGGUCUGGCAAUGUCUGGGAACGGAGAGUCUCCAAAAUCUGGAUUUUCGAAGAUAUCGUCUCAAACAAUGCGAUACGUUUGGAGUGUUAUACCAUCUUUAGUAGCGUGGCCAGCUUUGCUUCUUGAUCCUAUUCCGAAGCUUGUUGUCCUCAUAACCUCGUACGGACUGGUCCUUGGUGUCGAUGCCUUUUUUGCGAGGAUCGGAUUGCUUCCUCAUUGGUUCUUGCCUUUGCGAAUACUUCUCACCAGUAUUGCUAUGCUGAGUAUGGCAUCAACGUUAAUCGUAACUGCCGCUCUAAACGCUGCUGCUGCCGUAACCACUUGAUAGUACCAACUCCAUAUGCGCGAACUCUGGAGGGAGAACACUUGAAAGACAGGAAGAAGCGUUUCAAGAUCAUCAAUUUCCAAGUUGAAGCAGUUUUUAUAUAUACGUUGAAGGGAGUCGAGGGGAUAUGCCUUCACAGUCUUCAGGCAAGAUCUUAUCCACCUCUUUUUGGAAUUUUGCUAGCAUUGGACAGUUCAACGUUUCAUUAUAGAGCAAUGACCAGGACUGUCGACAUGUGCAGAAAGCAUUUAGCAAUUUGAACUAAAGUGAGAAUCCAGUUACAUCGACUGAGACAGGCUGCCGAUUUGUAUCGUGAUCUAUCUAGGGACAUUUUCGAGCUCCGCGCGCAAUGUUAGUGUGUCGGUUGGAUUGGCAAGUGUACUUAAUUUGCUUCCGUUAUGAUUACUUUACAAACGAGUACAGCAGAGUAGAUAGUGCAAUGCUAUUUCACAUCGAAGUGUCAUACCCGAACAUGGAUACGGAUUGCAGCACCAUUAACCUAGUCUGAGUGAACGAAGGUGCAAUCUCAAGUGCUCCUUGUGAAGGUCAGCGCACGUCAUGAUGAUUGAGUCUUUCUCUAGGUCGAGUAACUCAGCUACUUCUUGGAAAUCAUCGUUGGCAAGGAUGGACCAAUGGCUGUUUUUAACCUUAAGAGGCUGUCGUAGAGAGAGGAGAGCUCGUGUCAGCCCUGUCAGUUCAGCAGAUGCUUAAAAUUGGUUUGACCACGAUAGCUUAGUAACUAAGAGUCUUUUUUCCUGCGCGAUGCAGGCCAUUUCAAUCUUGUGAUCAUUUUAGCAUCAUACAUCAUUUUGUGUUU